ACACUGAAAAGGGGGUGGGGGUGGAGAAAAAGGAAGGACGCAGGUAGGAAAAGGAAAGCAAUGGGAUAAAAAGAAUGGAGGGGGAAGUGCCCCCACUAGUGUUCCGCAUCCUGGAGCCCUGCCCCUGCUGCCCACACCUCACAACUGAAUCCAAAAUGGGAGUGGCCACCGGACCCUGCCCCGUCCCUCCAGGGCAAGGCCACUCCCUGAACCGCCAAGGUGACUUCCUACAACCUGCCCCAGGGGCAAGCCUGGUUUCAGGCAGCGAGGAAUAAAAAGCUCGGAAAUAAGGAGUAGAACACAAAACCAGAUCCAACUUCCCGAAAGAACAGGCGCGGCCAGCCUUCCAAGGUUUAAAUGGCCCGACAUCUGCAAGGGACAACCCACCGCCGGGGGACAAAGGCGGCCCGGGCACGCCCCAGCGCCGGGCGCCGCUCCCCGGGGCCGCACCGAGCGGCGGCGAAAAAGCUAAUAAGCUGCCCCCCGCCGGACUUGAGCGCUUCCCUCCAAGACCCGCAACUCUGGGGCCGUCCAGCAGAGAGCCUGGGUCCCGGCUCCCGCCCGCGCCCCCCGCGCCGCCCUCGGGAAGCUGUCUGGCGCCCCCGCGCGCCCUGCCCGGGCCCCACGGUCCCUCCGGCCUACCUGCAGGGCGAGCCCCGCGGAGCCCCGUCCCGCAGCUCAUCGCGUCCCCUCGCGCAGCGCCGACGCCCAGGCGGCCUCCCCUUCCUGCAGCCAGGGGCCCGCAAGCCCCCGCCCCUUCCUCCGCCGCCUCCGCCCCCGCGCCGCCCGCCGCCGGCCGCCCGCCAACAGCUCCCGGGAGUGGGUGGGAGCCGCGUCUCGGUUCGGGGCCUCAGGUCCGCCGAGUUCAGGCUCCUGCCCCUCACUCCGGAGCUCACGGGGGCCCGAGCGUCCGGGGAGGGCCGAGGGACGUGGUCUCGUCCGUCUGGAGACGCGCCCGGCCCUCGGGAAACGCCUGUUGCCACCCCGAGGGCACUCGGCGGGCCGGUGAUCGGGAAGCUGCGGGCGGUUUCCGAGCACCUGGGGAGCCGAGGCUCGCAGUCCCCGCCCCAGGGCUUGCUCUUCCCGACCGCCUCCAAGGUGGAGGAUGUCGUGUUUUCCUGUUUCCCGGGCAGUCCUUCCCCAGUGACAGUUACUUCAUUGGACCUGUAAUGAUUUCUUUUAAAUGCUCUUUGGGGCA